GCUAUGGUUCCCGGCCUGCGAUACCUGCGUGGUGCCUCCGUACGGGCCCGCCGGGGGCUCCUUGGGGCGUGCGGGCCGGCGUCGGGGAGGCCUCGGUGGUUGUAUGUAGCUGGCCGCAGCGCCAGCACUAGCACCAGAAGGAAUGGUUUGUGCGAAGCCUCUAAAGCUGGAAAGCUGUUGGCUGUUUCGAGGACUAGGUGGUGGGCAGUGUGACUGGAGCUUGGCGGAAGACAGGCCAUGUGGAAUGGCACCAGGGAAGGCUGCAUCACGGCAAGUGUCUUUCUCUAAAAGCUCGUUUGACAUAGUCAUUGUUGGUGGUGGAAUCGUGGGGCUUGCCUCUGCCAGAGCACUCAUCCUGCGACACCCAGCACUUUCGAUCGGAGUUCUGGAGAAGGAGAAAGAUUUAGCUGUGCACCAGACUGGACAUAACAGUGGUGUCAUACAUAGUGGAAUUUAUUAUAAACCUGAAUCUCUGAAAGCUAAAUUAUGUGUACAAGGUGCAGCUCUCCUCUAUGAGUAUUGUAACCAAAAGGGAAUUUCCUACAAGCAAUGUGGCAAGCUUAUAGUCGCCGUUGAACAAGAAGAAAUUCCAAGACUUCAGGCACUAUAUGAGACAGGCCUGCAGAAUGGUGUCCAGGGCCUGAGGUUGAUUCAGCAGGAGGAUAUAAAAAAGAAAGAGCCAUAUUGUAGGGGUCUGAUGGCUAUCGAUUGUCCAUACACUGGCAUUGUGGACUAUCGGCAGGUGGCUUUGUCAUUUGCCCAGGAUUUCCAAGAAGCAGGUGGCUCUGUCUUGACCAAUUUCGAAGUAAAAGAAAUUGAAAUGGCUAAAGAAAGCCCUUCUAGAAGUAAAAAUGGAAUGAAAUAUCCAAUUCUUAUAAAGAAUACAAAGGGAGAGGAAAUUCGAUGUCAGUAUGUGGUGACAUGUGCAGGACUGUACUCAGACCGGAUUUCAGAGAUGAGUGGCUGCAGCCCUGAUCCUCAGAUUGUACCAUUCCGGGGAGAUUACCUGCUCUUGAAGCCAGAAAAAUGCUAUCUUGUAAAAGGAAAUAUUUAUCCAGUCCCAGAUAGCCGGUUUCCUUUCCUAGGAGUUCACUUCACUCCAAAAAUGGAUGGCAACAUUUGGCUGGGACCUAAUGCAGUUCUUGCCUUUAAGCGGGAGGGUUACAGACCCUUUGACUUCAAUGCCAGAGAUGUUAUGGAUAUAAUUAUAAAUAGUGGCCUGAUUAAACUGGCAUCCCAGAAUUUCUUGUAUGGAGUGAAUGAAAUGUAUAAAGCCUGUUUUCUUGGAGCAACAGUGAAGUAUCUUCAAAAGUUCAUCCCUGAAAUUACUGUCAGUGAUAUACUUAGAGGUCCGGCAGGAGUAAGAGCCCAAGCUCUGGACAGAGCUGGAAAUCUGGUAGAGGAUUUUGUAUUUGAUGGAGGAGUUGGAGAUGUUGGAAACCGUGUUCUUCACGUGAGAAACGCACCUUCUCCUGCUGCCACUUCUUCCAUCGCAAUUUCUGAAAUGAUUGCAGAUGAAGCACAGCAGAGAUUCGAAUUGUAAAUAAUGAGAGAAGCUAGUUAUACCGGGUAGUCUCCAUUUCAGCAACAAGAAUGUACUAAUCGCAUUCUUCAAUUUAAAAUAUAAACAGUUUUUAGGCUGGGUGAGGUGGCUUACACCUGUAAUCCUAGCAUUCUGGCAGGUGGAUCACUUUAGCUCAGGAGUUCAAGACCAACCUGAGCAAGAGUGAGGUUCUAUCUCUACUAAAAAUAGAGAAAAACUAGCUAGGCGUUAUGGUGGGCACCAGUAGUCCCAUCUGCUCAGUGGCUGAGGCAGGAGGAUGGCUUGAGCCCAAGAGUUUGAGGUUGCUGUGAGUUAUGAUGAACAGCACUUUACUCAGGGCAAAAGAGUGAGACUGUCUCAAAAAACAAACAAAAACAGCAAAGCAGUUUUUAAAAUCUCAUUUUUAGGUCAAAGAUAGCCACUGAAUUGUUAAAAUGAUGUAAUAGAGUAGUAAUAAUUUUUUAAAAAUUAAAGUCCAUGCUCUUUGAUUUUGUGAAUAAAGAGGCAAGAUGCAGCCUCGUAUCUGUCCUGACUCCCUCCCUCAUGUUGUUAAUGACCUGUCCUCCCCAACCAUGAUCUAGAAUUUGGGGAAAGGUUGCAUAAAAUAUUGGUUAUGCCCUUAAAUGAGCAUUUUGGCUUUAUAAUAUCUAAACUUUUUGUCUCUCCUAGAGAAGAACAUACAGUAUAAGUUUUAUUCUUUAAAUUUUGAAGACUCAUAGAAAAGCUCACAGUAGAGCAACAAUAUUUGUAUCUGGAAAUUAAAAAUUCUUGAUUUCAAGGAAAUACAUGAAAUUUCACAUUUUCAAGUAGUUUGAAUAAGAUUCUAUCUUAGCUAUAAUAUUUGUAAGAAAUGACUUUGUAAAACAAAGUGAAAACCUCUGUUGUUCUCAGUCUCUUUGUGAUUGUGUGGUGUCAGCACUAAAUCUAGACAGCAGAUUACCAUAAGUGGUUGUUGCAUUCUCUUUAGUCUUCUGUGGUUGAGAAACUGAAAGAACUUAGAACUCAUAGGUUUUUACGAGAGCAGUUUUAUAAUCCUGACACUGAAUCAUAGAACUCUGUAAUUUUAGAAAGUUAUUUAUCUAUUUAUUGUAUCUCUGUUCUUUAGUCACACUAGAGUUCUCAGAAUGUUGGCCAAGAUCACUAAUGAUUCAUACCUCCUUGGUUUUUCAGGGUUCCUAUAAACUUUUUUAUGGAUACACAUAUCUAACUUCGAGGCAUUCACUUUUGUAAACCGCGAAAGUGCCUUACAUUUAUAUGCAAUUCAUAAAAAUUUUGAACUGGUUUCCAGUGCCAUAGAGCAUAUUAUACAUUAUAUAUGUGGUAUCUAUUGAGUUGAUUCUUAUAAUUUAGAAAGUUGAAAAAUAGAAAUGUGAAUGAAAUUGCGAUGACCUGAUUGGAGAAUUUUGAUCACAGAGCUGUGUGUAGGUGAAGCCUUUUCAUCCAUCGCCCUCACAUGCUCUCACAGGAUCCAUCUUCGGCUCUUCAUUUUUUCUUUCCUAUUAUUUCUUCAAAGCUGUGUUAUAGAUGAGUGAGAAGGACGUGCCUUUUGCUUGACAGAAAAAACUUUUGUUUUCUUUCUUUUCCCUUCAAGUGUUGGUGAUUGCAUUGAUUGAGCUACCUCAUCCAUUAAUUUGAAAGUCUACCCAUCAUCAGCUCAUGUCCACAAAGUACACAUCCUAGGUUAAUAGAGUAGGCAGUUAUUAAACAAUUGGGGCGAGCGUAUCGAAAGCAUUCAGAAAUCAGAAGAAAUAGGCCUGAGGGUUCUUCAUACAGCUGAUUCCUACAAGAAAUGCAGCGCACAAAGUACUUUUCUGUUCAAUUACAUGACUACUAAGAGAUGGAAAGUAUUGUAAUUCUCUAUUUCAACAGUAAUAUUAUAUACAUACUAAGCUGUGAGAAUUUGAAAUUUCAAAAAUAUCCUAAUUGAAGCAAUCUCAUUCUGUUCAAGUCUAUGCUAUACCACCCCCAAAAUACAAAUGAAAAAAUUUUUGAACAAGUUCUGAUACAUAGAUUGUAUUAAUAAAACAUGUCCAUAAGAUUUUGUUGUUUAAUAGUGAUACAAUAUUUAAAAGCUUUGUGUAUUUUUGAGAGAAGAAAAUGUUAUAUUAAAGUUAUUUCUUUAAUUUCUUUAAAAAUGAGUUUUGUUAUGGAGAACAUUUUUUAGUUCUGUAAAAAUUUUUACUCAAAUAAAUUUUCUGUGUGUAAGACAUGAACUGUUUUCUU